GAAUAGCGGGGGGGGUGGGGGGCGCCUGGAAACCGGCCGCGCGGAGAGUGAGGCGCCUCAGUCCUGCAGACCUGCCGGAGGGACCGCAGCUCCACGGCCCGGCGGCUCGCUAACAAAGACAACUUCUCCGCGGACAAAGUGCCGUUUCUGGGACUCUCGGAUGUCUCUACACGCGGCGCGACCGGGACUCUGGGAGGAAACGACUUUGCGUGGCUUCUCUCGGUCUUUACGAGCCUGAAGUCAAAAGACGUGACAGUUUAACAACUGGUGCGUUUUUAAACGUCUACCUGCGACACAUUCAUGACUUUAUCCACUGGCUCCGGACUGAAGGAGGGUCGGAUUAUGAAUUAACCCCGUUUUCCACCAUUUUCUUGGAGAGUUGUGGAAACUGCAGCGGAACGAUACAGGAAUGCAGCAGUAAAGGGCUCCUUACGCGUCUUUUCACACAGUAAGAGCAGCAGCAGGCCUCGGGGAGCAGCACUUUGAACAGUUACAGCUGCUGCGAAAGCCUCGACUGCUUUGUGGAAACUUUUUUUCUUGGCUCUCGGGGUCGUAUCAACUGUCAUGGCGGUAGGGAGAAGCCGGUGGUGGGUUUGGAUAACGGGCUGCGCCCUGGUCGCUGCGCUCCUCUUCCAGCCGAGCGCCGCUCAGUACGAGAAGGGCAUUUCCAUACCGGAGCACGGCUUCUGCCAGCCCAUCUCCAUCCCCCUCUGCACAGACAUCGCCUACAACCAGACCAUCAUGCCCAACCUGCUGGGGCACACCAACCAGGAGGACGCUGGGCUGGAGGUGCACCAGUUUUACCCGCUGGUUAAAGUCCAGUGCUCCGUGGACCUGAAGUUCUUCCUGUGCUCCAUGUACGCGCCCGUAUGCACGGUCCUGGAGCAGGCCAUACCGCCCUGCAGGUCGCUGUGUGAACGAGCGCGGCAGGGCUGCGAGGCGCUCAUGAAUAAGUUCGGCUUCCAGUGGCCGGAGAGGCUGCGCUGCGAGAACUUCCCGGUUCACGGCGCAGGAGAGAUCUGCGUGGGUCAGAACACGACCGACGCAGACGGCCCCACGUCCGACCCGACCCCCAGACUCCCCGAGCUUGUGACCCUGCCGCCGUACAUCCGCACCAACCAGCCCUUCUCCUGCCCCCUGCAGCUCCAGGUGCCCACCUACCUCAACUACCACUUCCUGGGGGCGAAGGACUGCGGAGCCCCCUGUGAGGUCUCCAAGCCCAACGGACUGAUGUAUUUCCGCGAGGAGGAGUUAAAGUUUGGCCGGCUGUGGGUCGGUAUCUGGUCCGUGCUGUGCUGUGUGAGCACCCUCUUCACCGUGCUCACGUAUCUGGUGGACAUGAGGCGGUUUCGAUACCCAGAGCGGCCAAUCAUCUUCCUGUCGGGAUGCUACUUCAUGGUGGCGGUGGCCUACGCCACCGGCUUCCUGUUGGAGGACAAAGUCGUGUGUAUUGAUAAGUUCAAUGUGGACGGCUACAAGAUGGUGGCCCAGGGCACCAAAAAAGAAGGCUGCACCAUUCUCUUCAUGAUCCUCUACUUCUUCGGCAUGGCCAGCUCCAUCUGGUGGGUGAUCCUGUCCCUCACCUGGUUCCUGUCAGCCGGGAUGAAGUGGGGCCACGAGGCCAUUGAGGCCAACUCGCAGUACUUCCACCUGGCAGCCUGGGCGGUGCCAGCGGUUAAAACCAUCACCAUCCUGGCUAUGGGGCAGGUGGACGGCGACCUGCUCACCGGUGUCUGCUACGUGGGGAUCUACAACGUGGACGCCCUGCGCGGCUUCGUCCUGGCGCCGCUGUUCGUGUACCUCUUCAUCGGCACUUCCUUCCUGUUGGCGGGCUUCGUGUCGCUCUUCCGCAUCCGCACCAUCAUGAAGCACGACGGCACCAAGACGGAGAAACUGGAGAAGCUGAUGGUGCGGAUCGGCGUGUUCAGCGUGCUGUACACGGUGCCCGCCACCAUCGUCAUCGCCUGCUACUUCUACGAGCAGGCUUUCCGGCCGCAGUGGGAGAGGACGUGGCACAUGCAGACGUGCAAGCGCUUCGCCGUGCCGUGCCCGGCCGGAAACUUCGCGCCGUUGACGCCGGACUUCACCGUGUUCAUGAUCAAGUACCUGAUGACCAUGAUAGUCGGGAUCACGUCUGGCUUCUGGAUCUGGUCUGGGAAGACGCUGCAGUCGUGGCGCAGGUUUUAUAAGAGACUGAGUAACAACAACCAGGGAGAGACGACGGUGUGAGGCGCAGGAGGUAUUUACCCGGACACACGGAGGACACGCGACUCUUGGAAGUAAAAACAGACGGUUGCUUUGCGCUCCGUCAGCCUCUGACUGACGCUUCUGUUCCCAGAGACGACGGAUGUAAAUCUGGCACGUGGCGGCUCUGAAUCCUGGUUUCAGAGCCUCCUCGCAGAGACAAGAACUCGGACGCUCGAGCGUCACGUUGUGCCGCUUAUUAUAUCUUCUAUCAGUCGCUGCGAUUGAUUCUGCCCCAAUGAAUUUUCCACUUGUAGCUCUUUAGGUUUUCAUACUUGUACGCUAACUGAAACAGGAUUAAGAGCCUUUGAGGAAUUCGGGUAACAUUUUAUUUUACGGGUCUGUAGUUGACCUGGAAGUUUCCUGGGGAAAAAAAAUCUAAUUUUACUAAUUUCAUUAUCGAUUAAUCUGUCGAUUAUUUCUCGAUGAGUUGUUUUAGUGGUCAGUGUCCAUCCCAGUUUCCCGGAGUCCAAGACGACGUCAGCAGUUUACAAUCAGAGAGAACCGUCGUGUAUUUACGUUUAACAAGUUGGAAACAGUUGGAUUUUUGAAAGAAAUAACUUUUAAUCAAUGUCUUUGAGCCAGCUGCAUCAUGUGAGGCAAACAGCAAACAGUUUCCAGUGACAACCGUUCACUGUCGCUGUAAAACCAGGUUGCGUUUAGAGCCGGAGAGGCCGCAUGUCGCUGUCACACAAACAGGAAGCUUCAGUUGUUGUAGUUUGGCUCAGGGAGCGGUUGAUUAAAACACUCGGAUCUGAACUCACAACAUGAAACACAUUGAAUCCUUCGGUGUGACUCACACUGACAGAGGAGAUGUUAGUGCUUUAAGAAACGACUGGCCGACAGGUUUAUCAAUAAUAUAAAUAAAGCAUAAAGAACAGUAUGUCAGUACUGGCUUAUAAUGUAAUAAAUAAAUAAUAUAAUAGAUCAGACCCGGUGAAAUUCCUUUUCUCACCAAAUUACAUUUUUCCUCUCGGGAAUAAUUUCAGGUGGUGGUUAGGAAGUGAUCCCGGCCCGUCAGAUAAAGUGUUUCUGAAACGUAUUGUGUGUUUCCUGUCUUUAUUUUCCCGUGCUUUAUUAGGAAUGUGUUUGUCCUCAUAGUUUCACACUUUAGAGCCGCUUCUUCUCCAAAACUGCCUCAUUUAUAGCUAUUUUGUAAAUACACUCUCUGAGAAGAACAUAUGUAUUUAUGAGAAUUUAAAAUCAUCUUUUAAGCAGUGUUGUUGUUGUUGUUUUUUUAUCUUUUUUUAUGCUACACAGCUUGUGCUUGUACAGUUUUUCAGAAUAAAAUGUUAAAGUUUUUUAAAAGCCCUCGGCUUCCCUGUGUUUUAAAAAGAAAAGUCAUUGAUACGCAUAUUAAAUCUGGUAAAUUAC